AAACAGUGUCAUUUGUAAGUGACGUGUCGGGUGUCGGUGAAGUUAAUUUAUUGUGAAGGAAUUCGGUGGGAGUUUCAAUAAUUUUUCGACAAUUGAGCAAACCAACAUGUUAACUAACUUCGAAACAAAGUCGGCCCGCGUCAAGGGUCUUUCAUUUCACCCGAAGAGACCGUGGAUCCUGGCAAGUUUGCACAGUGGAGUUAUCCAACUAUGGGACUAUCGAAUGCACACGCUGCUCGAGAAAUUUGAUGAACACGAUGGACCCGUGCGAAGUGUUUGCUUUCAUUGCCAACAACCACUUUUCGUGUCCGGUGGUGACGACUUCAAAAUUAAGGUAUGGAAUUACAAACAAAGACGUUGUAUCUUCACUCUUCUGGCCCAUCUUGAUUACGUGCGAACGACCGUCUUUCAUCACGAAUAUCCAUGGAUCUUGAGUGCAUCUGAUGAUCAGACAAUUCGUAUUUGGAAUUGGCAAUCAAGAACUUGCAUUUCAGUCUUGACUGGACACAAUCACUAUGUUAUGUGUGCAAUGUUCCAUCCAACUGAGGAUCAAAUCGUUUCAGCUUCGCUAGAUCAAACUGUUCGAGUAUGGGACAUCUCAGGUAUAGCGAACCGAGAUGGAAUGAAAGGAUUACGAAAGAAGAACGUAGCUCCCGGACCAGGAGGAUUAGAUGAUCAUUUGAAGAAUCCAGGAGCAACCGAUUUGUUUGGACAGGCUGACGCUGUAGUUAAACACGUACUGGAGGGUCAUGAUCGCGGUGUGAAUUGGGCCAGUUUUCAUCCAACUCUGCCAUUGAUUGUUUCUGGCGCUGAUGAUCGUCAAAUUAAACUGUGGCGCAUGAACGAAUAUAAAGCUUGGGAAGUAGAUACCUGUCGCGGUCAUUACAACAAUGUUUCGUGUGUUCUAUUCCAUCCACGACAAGAUUUAAUUCUUUCGAACAGCGAAGAUAAGAGUAUUCGAGUUUGGGAUAUGACAAAACGCCAAUGCCUUUACACAUUCAGACGUGACAGCGAACGAUUCUGGAUUUUGGCUGCUCACCCUACUUUGAAUCUCUUCGCUGCUGGACAUGAUGCAGGUAUGGUUGUUUUCAAACUGGAACGUGAACGUCCUGCAUAUGCUGUCCACGGAAAUAUUCUCUACUAUGUCAAAGACAAAUUCUUGCGAAAAUUGGACUUCACAACAACUAAAGACAACGUUGUAAUGCAGUUGCGCGCAGGGAGCAAAUCUCCAGUCCAUAGUAUGUCCUAUAACCCGGCCUUGAAUGCAGUGCUUUUGUGCACCAGAACCAGCAACUUGGAAAACAGCACGUAUGAUUUGUGCACGAUACCAAAAGACGCUGAAAGUCAGUCCGAAUCCGGUGACAGUAAAAGGUCUUCGGGUAUAUCUGCUAUUUGGGUUGCACGAAAUCGAUUCGCUGUUCUGGAUAGGAACAAUCAAUUGGUCAUAAAGAAUUUCAAAAAUGAAGUAACCAAAAAAAUUCCUACAUUUUGUGAGGAAAUUUUCUACGCUGGUACGGGAAUGUUGUUGAUUCGUGACCCAGAAUUUGUGACGCUCUAUGAAGUUCAGCGACUAGUGGCAGUUGGCAGUAUAAAAUUAGCUAAAUGCCGCUACGCUGUAUGGUCUAGUGAUAUGUCAUUGGUUGCACUACUUUGCAAGCACUCCGUUACUAUCUGCGAUAGAAGAUUGAAAUAUUUAUGCACCAUACAAGAGAACACUCGAGUUAAAUCCGGUGCAUGGGAUGAUUCCGGAGUUUUCAUUUACACCACAAGCAAUCACAUAAAAUAUGCCAUUACAAAUGGAGACCACGGUAUCAUUCGUACUUUGGAUCUUCCAAUUUACCUAACUCGUGUCAAAGGCAAUCAAGUAUUCUGCUUAGAUCGUGAAUGUCGUGUUCGCGUAUUAAACAUCGACACCACCGAAUAUAAAUUCAAAUUAGCCUUGAUCAAUAGAAAGUAUGAAGAAGUAUUAUACAUGGUGCGCAAUGCAAGGCUGGUAGGACAAAGUAUCAUUGCCUAUUUGCAGCAGAAGGGCUAUCCAGAAGUAGCCUUACACUUUGUGAAGGACGAAAAAACCAGAUUUGGGUUGGCUUUGGAGUGCGGGAAUAUUGAGAUAGCUCUAGAAGCUGCAAAGGCAUUGGAUGACAAAGCCUGCUGGGACCGUUUAGGUCAAGCAGCUCUGCUUCAAGGCAAUCAUCAAGUUGUCGAAAUGGCCUACCAACGCACAAAGAAUUUCGAUAAACUGUCCUUCCUCUACUUGAUUACAGGAAAUCUUGAGAAACUGAAGAAAAUGAAUAAAAUUGCAGAAAUUCGUAAGGAUGUGUCUGCACAAUAUCAAGGCGCUCUUUUGCUUGGAGAUAUUCAGGAGAGAAUCAGUAUUUUGAAGAAUUGUGGUCAGUUAUCGUUGGCAUACUUGACGGCUGCCACGCAUGGUUUCAAAGAAGAAGCUGCGCAGUUGAAGGAGACCAUCACACAAGACGGAAAAGAAUUGCCGAAACUCAAUCCCAAUGCAAAAUUGCUGAAACCACCUCCACCGAUUCAACAAGCAGAAAGCAACUGGCCGUUAUUGACAGUUUCAAAAGGUUUCUUCGAGGGCGCUAUGCUCACGAGAGGAGCCGCAAGUGCCACGAAAGCUCUGGAAGUUAAGGAUCCUGGCGUUGAAGUCUCAGAGAAUGCAUGGGGAGAAGAUGCUGACCUAUUGAUGGAUAAUGAGGACGAUGACGAUGAGAUGAAGGAUGCACUGGAUACAGAAGGAGGAGAGAAUGAUGGACCAGGUUGGGAUGUCGACGAACUGGAAUUACCCGAAGAGCUGGUCUCAAAGAUGAAAGCAACGAAUAUUAGCGGCGAUGGAUAUUAUGUUGUGCCUAAUAGAGGCGUGUCUCCUGCACAACAAUGGGCGAAUUUCUCUCCACUGGUUGCAGAUCAUAUAAAGGCCGGAUCAUUUGAAACAGCAUUUAAACUACUCAACGAGCAAAUCGGUGUCGUCAAUUUCAAACCAUACAAAGCACUAUUUAUGACAUUAUACACUGGCUCACGUACAUCUUUCACCGCCCUUCCCAACUUGCCCCCACUACAUGGAUAUCCUCAGAGGAACCACAAAGAAACUAAUCCGAAGAAUGCGCGUCCUGCUGUUGGAAUCAAAUUAAAUGAUUUGGUUCAAAGGCUACAGGUUUGCUACCAACUCACCACAGGAGGAAAGUUUUCAGAAGCUAUUGAAAAAUUGCAAGCCAUUCUCAUAAGCAUUCCCUUGUUGAUAGUCGAAUCGAAGCAAGAUAUUGCCGAAGCGAAACAGCUGUUACAAAUUUGUAGGGAAUAUAUUAUAGGUCUUAAAAUGGAAACGACACGCAAAGGUCUUCCAAAGAACACCCUGGAGGAGCAGAAACGCCUUUGUGAAAUGGCUGCCUACUUCACACAUUGCAAAUUGCAACCUGUCCAUCAAAUACUUACAUUGAGGACUGCUCUGAAUAUGUUCUUUAAACUGAAAAACUACAAAACGGCAGCCUCGUUUGCGCGACGACUUCUCGAGUUGGGUCCACGUCCUGAUGUUGCUCAGCAAGUUCGAAAGAUUCUACAAGCUUGCGAAGUCAAUCCGGUGGAUGAACAUCAACUGAAUUAUGAAGAAUAUAAUCCGUUUAAUAUUUGUGGAAUUAGCUAUAAACCAAUAUUCCGUGGCAAACCAGAGGAGAAUUGUGCGUUCUGCGGCGCAUCGUUCGAUCCUCAGUAUAAGGGUGCAUUGUGCACGGUUUGUGAAGUAAGCGAAAUUGGAAAAGAUGUUCUUGGGUUGCGAAUUUCGAUUUCACAAUUCCGGUAGACAAACCUUGUUUAAUCUUUCUAUUCGUUUCUUUUUUAAUGUGUAUGGAUAAUAUAAACAAUUAAAAUAAAGUUAUGCUGUAUUAUAUUGGA